GUCUCAUUUCCGGGCAGAGGGAUUGAGGACCUCUAUAAAACUGCCCAUGUUCUGGAGGUUGUCAUUCCUUCCUCUCGCCUUCUUCUCAAGCUUGGGACACCCAGCACUCAGCCAUGUGCUCCCGUCAGGAUAGAGACCAGUGCCACUCGCAGGAGCGCUACACCCGGCAGAGCAGCGGCUGUCACAGCUCCGGUGGUGGUGGCUGUCACAGCUCCGGUGGAGGUGGUGGCUGUCACAGCUCCGGUGGUGGCAGUGGUGGCUGUCACAGCUCCGGCGGUGGCGGUGGCUGUCACAGCUCUGGUAGCAGUGGUGGCUGUCACAGCUCCAGUGGUGGCGGUGGCUGUCACAGCUCCGGCGGCUCCAGCUGCCAUGGGAAGCCUCAGGUCCAGUACCACUACUACCACCACCAGCAGCAGCAGCAGCAGCAGCAGCAGCAGCAGCAGCAGCAGCAGCAGGUCCACCAGCUGCCCUCACAGAAGAUGAAGUGAUGGAGCACAGAACAGCUCCCCACUGAGCGCUGCACAGCCCAGGGCUGCUGAGAGCCCUCUGCGUGCCCCCACUCCUGAGGGGCACCACUGCUGCUCCCCCACUGCUGCUCCAUGGGGCUGUGCUCCAGCAGCACAAUAAAGCAUGAUGUGUCCCAGA